AGCAACCCAACUCUCAACCCAGCUCCUGACCAUGGCCUGCUGCUCCACUAGCUUCUGUGGAUUUCCCACCUGCUCCACCAGUGGGAACUGUGGCUCCAGCUGCUGCCAGCCUAGCUGCUGUCAGACCAGCUGCUGCCAGCCAACCAGCUGCCAGACCAGCUGCUGCCAGCCGAGCUGCUGCCAGCCAACCAGCUGCCAGACCAGCUGCUGCCAGCCAACUUGCUGUCAGACCAGCUGCUGCCAGCCCAGCUGUGGGACUGGCUGUGGCAUUGGUGGUGGCCAGGAGGGUGGCAGUGGAGCUAUGAGCUGCCGAGUCAGGUGGUGCCGCCCUGACUGCCGCGUGGAGGACACCUGCCUGCCCCCCUGCUGUGUGGUGAGCUGCACACCCCCAACCUGCUGCCAGCUGCACCAUGCCCAGGCCUCCUGCUGCCGCCCAUCCUACUGUGGACAGUCCUGCUGCCGCCCAGCCUGCUGCUCCUACUGCUGCCAGCCCACCUGCUGCCAGCCCACCUGUUGUGAGCCCACCUGCUAAAAGCCAGGUUGUCAUUUCCAAUUGCCCAGGACACAAUAUCUCUGGAUAGCAGAUCUCCUCAAUCACCCUUGGGCCAUCAGAAGUUCUUAGACUUCCAUUUAGGUUUAAGUUAUGGAGUUCUAAGUAUAUGAGUUUUAUCUGAUUUCAUCCUGCACUGAAUACCUUGGCUAUCCACUGUGGUCACAGAAAAGCUGCAAACCUACCAGUUGGUUAUCAAAAUGCUUUGGAUAUACUAUUUCUGAUUUUUCUGUAGGGUUGAAAACUAUUAAUAUUCUGUGGAAUUAAUCUUUGAGAACUAUCCACAAGUCUAAUUCUUUUCCCUGCUUUAUAAUCUUUUUUUUUUAGUUCUAUUUACCUAACAUUUUUUCUAACAUCAAAGGCACCAGAGUAGAGUCAAGUGACUUUCCUCAGGUGUCAUCAGAAAAAAUGGAAGCUCUUCACCCAAAAUUCACCUUCUAAGAAGUAGGCUAAACUUUUUCAUAAUUCAACAUCUGAUUCCAACCCUUUUUUUGCAGGGGGUGGGGAUCAUAAUGAUCUUGCCUGUUGGCUGUUUCAAUUACACCUGUGAUACAGUGUUUUCUGUCAUUUCUUAAUAAAUAUUAUAACUGGGCAAAUAAA